GAAUACAUCAUUUAAAAUGUGAUAUAGCAGGCUGUCCUACCUGUGAACACAAUUUUUUGCAGUUUAAUACACUUUUCCCCAUUUUAAUGAUAGAACCAAUUCAUAUUAUUAAUAUUAAUAUUAAUGCCCCUUUUUAUCUCCCCGGAAGGGGACCUUUUGUUUAUUUCUUCAUAGAAUGGGAAUUCCACCAAGCAGAGUUAAGGCUCCUUCUUCCGCUAUUUUCUUGCAUCGGGGUGAAAUUCGGUCAUGUCCCCGAUUUUGCUUUAGGACUCACCGGCGUGUUUUUCUUCUUUUGCAGCCGAAAGGCAGUGAGACCAAAUCUGGAAGAAAAGGCAAGAGUCCUCAGGGCCCUGUCCCCGGUACAUCCAGGAGCAAGCCCAUCCAGAGCGGCGAAGACAAACUGCAUGACUUGGACCCGGAGAGCUUCAACAUAUGCAAAGAGAGGAUGCGGCCGGUGAAGAAAGCGCUAAAGCAGCUGGUCAAUCCGAAGAGAGGGCUGUCUGAGAAGGAUCAGGUGGAGCACAUCCGGAGGUGCCUCCUGGAGAUCGGUGACCACAUCUCCGAGUGCUUGAAGGCGUUCUCGGAGCAGGAGGAGCUCAAGCUCUGGAGAGGGAACCUCUGGAUCUUUGCCUCCAAGUUCACAGACUGUGAUGCGAGGAAGCUGCACAACCUGUACAAGAGGGUGCACAAGAAGCGGUCCCAGGAGGAGGAGGAGGUGAGACGGAGACAUUGAAAGAGGGGAGGGUGCUACAGACCGUGGGGACUCAAAGGAGUGAGACUUCUGCAUAGAGAAACAAGCAGGCGAUCCCAGAAGCAAGAAACGUGUCCUCUAGGAAAACCUACAGGCAUUUGUUUGCCUGGAACAGUUUUGGUCUUUUGGGACUCUUUCAAUAUAUUCAAGGCAGGGGCAGCUGGGGAUUGCAAUCCAAGCUUUGGUCUCAAUUACUGAUCCUUUCUCCAGUGGUUUAGGUUUUUGGAUAGCCCCAAGGUUAGAUUAGAACUCAGAAUAGCUAGAGACAGAUGAAUAGCUAGAUAUACAGACCAGCAGUCUGUUUAUUAGUUGAUUCACUUAUUAAGGCAGUACUAGGAGGGUGUAUUCUUCAGUUCCAAUGUUAAAGAACUAUCCCAGGGAUUUAACUCUAUCCCCUUGGAUGCAACGCCUUUGAAAGUUCUACUAAAGUUCCGAUGAGAGUGGUUUUACUGUCUCAAGGGGGAAAAAAGAUAGAAACACCACCAACUGUGGUUCAGGUGGUUUGGUCAAGGCCUAGAAAUCUCUUUUGGCCAGAUCACUGUCGUGUUUGUCACCAAGGCCUCUCUUUGCUCUCAGUGGAAACAGCAGAAGAAAGAAGAGGCCACCGGAGCCAAGAAGAUGUUUCGCCCGGAGCACUGUGGGUCCAGCUUGGAUUCCGUUUUGUCUCCCUUGCCCAACGCCACUUCAGCUCCUGCUCCUGCUCCUGCUCCUGCUCCUGCUCCUGCUCCUGCUCCUGCUCCUGCUCCUGCUCCUGCUCCU